UGGAUCAGGAGCUUUUGACGGACGCGUGUUGUUUCUAUUUGUGACGCGACGCUCCGCUUAGUCCCGCCCACAGCGAAAUCUGAUUGGUCCAAAAUCCCGCCGUGACGCCCCGCUUCUGCGGAAGACGCGCGUUUGUGUCGCGCACUUCUGACGCGACGGUGGGUGAUUCCGUUCGACGCGCGUCUCAGCAGCGCGUCAAAAAACUCAAUGGCCGUGACUGAGAAACUCAUCCAGAGCGUUCACGCUUACCCGGUGCUUUAUAACGUGUCGCUGCACGAUUAUCGCAGCGCGGAGCGGCGCGUCAAAGCGUGGAGGGAGGUCGCCGCGUCUGUCGGUCUCUCCGUGGUGGAGUGCAAGCGCAGAUGGAAGACCAUCAGGGACAGAUUCAUCCGAGAGCGGAGGCUGUGUCAGCUGAGGAGGGAAGAAGGAGGCCGGCGCCUGCAUUUCUGGCCGCACAGAGAAAGCCUGUCGUUUCUGGAGGCUCACGUCAGGAAGAAGAAGCGCGUCGCUGAGCAUCCGGAUGACUCUCUGGACGAGUGCAGCGGCGGAGACUCCAAGCCCGGUCUGGAGACAGACAAGCAGUUCGAGUCGAAGCUCCAGCCGGUGACCCAGCUGCCUCCGGGACCGAAGCUGCCGCAGACGCCCGCUCCAACCGUCACCAGCGAGCUCCACGGCAAGACGGAGAAAGAGAAGGAGGCCUUUGACGAGGACGAGCUGUUUCUCUUGAGUUACGUCCCUGCGCUCAAAAGACUGACGCCGCAGAAAAGAGCCGCCGUCAAGAUGCAGAUCCAGCAGAUCAUGUUUGACGCAGAGUUUAAAGAGCAGCUCUGACUUCUGCAGCUCACUCCAAACAUUUCAGCAGCGAAGAUGCUGUCUUUCUCUGCAUACCUCCGUUUGUGCUGAAAUAAACUGCCUCGGCUUUCGUUUAGGUUUCAUUUAGUUAUUUAUUGGUGCAAACAACCUUGUUUUGUAAAAUAUCACAAAUUGUCUUGGUGCAAACUGCAUUUUAGGCCCAGAUGAAUGCAAAAUAUAUUUGUCAGGGGCUAAAGCUGCCCGUCGUCUUUUCUUUCAUUGAUUAAUAAAA